UGACUGGGUUUCCAUGGAUUGUGGAUCUUGAACCCGGCCGAGGCGCCCAGGCAGUCUUUGAUCCAGUCAAUCUGCGAGUAACAGCUAGAUGUCGAUCGUUCUGCAGUUCCUGUCUGUUGAGAUAUCCCCCCUCCUCCCAUCUCACAUUCUCACUUCCGUCUCUCAAAUCGGCGGAUUCACUGCCAAGCGCAAGCUCUUUCUAGUACGUGUCUCCGCCCUCGCUCCAGUUCUACCUCCAAUUCUCCAUAGUCCAGAGACCAGAGAAACAGCACUACUCGAUCAAUCACCUGUGCUCGCUCGGGGAUCUGCUUCUCGCGUGCCCUGAUCAAGUUCAUCCAACAUGGCUAGCUACUCUUCUUUCGCCAGUCACAGGUCACCAAUGCACGCCGGGAAGAAUCCAGAGGCUUUGGAGGAGGAAGCCGCCGGGACGGCGGCGUCGGCGGAGGAUGCGCUCCGCUACGUGGAGGCGGUGAAGGAGGCGUUCAAGGACCACAAUCCCGCGACGUACCAAGAGUUCCUUCGCGUCAUGGACGACUUCAGGAACCACAGGAUCGGCAUCGCCGAGGUGGUGUCGAAGGUGAAGGCACUGUUCCAGGACAGCCCGGGCCUCCUCGUUGGAUUCAACACCUUCUUGCCCAAGGGGUACAAGAUCCAGGUCGUUGGGGUAGAUGACCUCGCCGCCUGUUUCGUCAGGGACGUGAGCCUCGACGACGACGGCUCUCGCUGAUCCUCUGGAUGCAUCCCACUGGCACCGUGCUCUGUCUUUUCUCAGGGGCUGCACUUUGUUUCACCAUGCUCUGCCUUCCUUUUGGUGCUCCAACCUCAUCCUGUAUAGUUGCGUUGCUUAAUUAGAUUGUUGGUCUAUACAUUACCAUGUAAAUGAAAUGUUUGUAUGCCGUAGAAGAAUUGGAAAUGGAGUUGGUUGCUUUAGUAGAUGCAGGUUUUACGGACGUGCUCGCAGAAUAAACUGGUCUAUUGCUUUUUGCCACGUAGAAUGGCAUUGGUGUGUUGCUAUUAUCAACUUUAGAGGAAUUGGUCCUGUUAAUAUACAUUCUAUUUGGAGCACUGAAGUUCCUCCUAAAGUUCAUUUCUUCCUUUAGCUACUGAUGCACAAUAAGAUUCUCAAAAGAGAUAACCUGGUCAAGAGGCAAUCAGUAGAUGAUUUGGCCUAUGUUUUUUGCAAUGAGGAAGAGCCUUGGCAUCACUUAUUCUUUGAUUGUGUUGUUGCUUCCAAAAUGUGGUCAGAAUUUAAGAGAGUUUUGGGUAUUAACUUCCCUUCUUCAACUUUAGUUGAAACUUCUAAGCUAUG